ACCACGCUUUUUUCGCAGAUUGUUGUGAAGAACACCAAGUAGCGAAAUUCUGCUUGUUAGUUGUGCAAUCCCUGUACAAUGCCAACUGUGCUCUCCGUGUUAAAACUGAUGAAUCCAACAUGAACUCACGGGUUAUUUUGCAAGAUACGCUCUUCAAAAAAUCCCAACAGAAGCGAAGGACCUCGCCUUGUAAUUAUAAACAGAGAGUUUUUAUUUUAAGCACAGAAGAUUUAACCUACUUUGAGUGCCGCCAGGGGAAAAAACCCAUCAUGAAAGGUUGUAUCGAGCUGCCCAGGAUAAAGUGUGUGGAGAAUGUGUACAGCGAGGUGCCCGUACCGUGCAAUUAUAAAUACCCGUUUCAGGUUGCCCAUGACAACUACUACCUGUACAUAUUUGCUCCGGACAGGGAGUGCCGUCAGCGCUGGGUUCAAGCCCUAAAGGAAGAAACCAAGAAUAAUACUUUGUUCCACAAGUACCACCCAAAUUUCUGGGUGGACGGGAGGUGGAAGUGCUGUCAGCAGAAUGAGAAGACAGCCCUCGGGUGCUCUGAGUACGACCCCAACAAAAACGCUUCCAAAAAGCCCCUUCCGCCCACUCCCGAGCCACAGCGGCGCUUCUCAGACCCAGGGGAGAUGGUGGUCGUCGCGCUGCACGAUUUCGUCCCACAGGGAGACCGGGACCUCGCCCUGCGCAAAGACCAGGACUACAUUGUCACUGACACCUCCGACAGCAACUGGUGGACCGUCCAGGACGGCAACGGGUGUACAGGCUUCGUUCCCUGCAGCUACUUGGCCGAGAAAUCCCCAAACAACCUGGAGAGAUUUGAAUGGUACAACAGAGACAUGACACGAGCCCAGGCUGAACAGUGUUUGUUUAAAGAGGACAAGGAAGGGGCGUUUACGGUGCGGAACUCCCGACAAGCGGGCGUGUACACAGUCUCCGUGUUCACCAAAGCCCUGGGGUCCAACGGUGAGAAUACACCCAGAGUGAAACACUAUCAGAUCAGGGAGUCUGAGGGAUCCAAAUUCUACCUGGCUGAAAAGUACCUGUUCAACACCAUCCCCGAACUCAUUCACUACCACCAGCACAAUGCCGCAGGCCUGAUCACCCGACUGCGCCACCCUGUCUCCCUGAACCGCAACCGUGCUCCCAAGACCGCCGGCUUCGCUUCAGAUAAGUGGGAGGUGGACCCUGUGGAUCUGACCCUGGACGCUGAGCUGGGCAGUGGGCAGUUUGGCGUGGUGUUGCUAGGACACUGGCGGGAGCAGAAGGUGGCGGUAAAGAUGGUGCGCCAGGGCGCCAUGUCGGAGGAGGACUUCAGAGAGGAGGCGCGUGUCAUGAUGAAGCUGUCCCAUGCCAAACUGGUGCAGCUGUACGGGGUGUGCUCCCAGCACUCUCCCAUGUGCCUCCUGUUCGAGUUCAUGGAGCACGGCUGCCUGUCGGACUACCUGCGCAGCCACAAGGGGGCGCUGUCCCGGGAGACCCUGCUGGGCAUCUGCCUGGACGUGUGUGAGGGCAUGGCCUACCUGGAGAGCGCCAACUUCAUCCACAGAGACCUGGCUGCAAGGAACUGCCUGGUGUCUGAGAACCACGUGGUGAAAGUGUCCGAUUUCGGCAUGACCAGGUUCGUGCUGGACGACCAGUACACCAGCUCUCUGGGGUCCAAGUUCCCUGUGAAGUGGUCAGCGCCAGAGGUCAUCCAGUACUCCAAGUUCAGCAGCAAGUCCGACGUCUGGUCCUUUGGUGUGCUGAUGUGGGAGGUGUAUAACGAGGGGCGCAUGCCGUAUGAGAACCGCUCUAACGUGGAGGUGGUGGAGGACCUCUCUGCAGGCCUCCGGCUCCUGAAGCCCCGGCUGGCCCCAGAGGCUGUGUACCAGCUCAUGGACUGGAGCUGGAAGGAGAAAACAGAGGAUCGACCUUCCUUCAGCCUGCUCUUCCACCAGCUCCUGGCCCUGGCGGAGCUGUGAAGGAUCCUGGUCCUGUUGGAGCUCUCCUGGCCCUGGCCCUGUUGGAGCUCUCCUGGCCCUGAAGACUCCUGGUUCUGAAGGCUCCUGGUCGUGAAGACUCCUGAUUCUGAAGGCUCCUGUGCCCUGAAGACUCCUGGUUCUGAAGGCUCCUGUGCCCUGAAGACUCCUGGUUCUGAAGGCUCCUGGUCGUGGAGGCCCUGACCCUGUUGGAGCUCUCCUGGCCCUGGUCCCGUCGGUGUGCUGAAGGAUCCCGUUCCCGCAGUACAGACGCACGCAGAUUAAAACUCUAUUUAUCGCGCUCUUCGUCUCUGUAAACUGCCCGUUCGUCUGUAUGUCCUUGUCACGGGCUGAGUUUUACUUUGCUAUGCUGUGACCGAGCCCAGCGCACCGGCCCGAUCACUCGGCCAAUCCGCCGGCACAGAUCGCCACAUAGCCCCGCCUCCGCAGGGGUGCAGUCACACUCCAGCUCACCACUCUUCUCAGUCCUGUUGUCUGAUUGGUGGUAACACCUCCCCACCUUCGGAGAGAGAGAGACUCGCCAUCUUCUGCCCCAGCCUGAGGGCUCGCCCCUUCAGAGAUCGCUUGGACCCAGCGCCUGCGUUCCCCCGCUCCGGACCUGGGUCAGAUACAUAACUGUUUUGGAUUCAAACACUUUUCUGUGCUUGAUUGAUCUUGCCUGCCGCAGUUGAGCCAACCAAGAGGAUUUUGUGCGGGGUUUGCACUAUUUCAUAGGUUUCAGUUGACCAGACAAGCUCAGUAAAGUGUAGAAAACUAUUUGAAUCCAAAACAGUUAUGAAUUUGACCCAGAUCUGCCCUGCACUUACUCAUAAUAACAUUAAAAAUAUCCUACUGAUUUGCUUAACUCUGUAAAACAACUGUAAACUGUAACUGUAAACAGGAGUUAUUUUUCUGUUUUCUCUCCUAUAUACACGGAUGUAAACCUGUCUUGUAUGGAACUUGAAAGAACUUUUCUAAGGUUGUCAGGAGAAGAGAGUGUAGAGUCAAUGUAAAUAUGUUUUUUUCCUCAGUGGUAUUGGCUUGUUCUGUGAUAGAUGGAACAUAUUGAGCAUAUGAUUGAAUAUAUCUAAUCUGAAAUAUAUAAACUGAGAUAAUGCUGAA